AUGAGCACUGCAGGGAAAGUAAGUAGAUGAUUUCUUUUAAAGUUGUUUUUUCAGACCAAGAUGCAUAAAUAGCUUUAAAAAAUACAAAAUAGGCUUAUUGUACUAUAAGCAGGAGAAAUACAUUCCUUGAAGUUCAUCCAAGAAGUUCUUGGAAGUUUCAUCUUAGGGGUUCCUGAAAGUUUCUUCUAUUUUCCUCCUCCUGGAACACCAUCAUUAAUAUCAAACCAGUGAAUGUUAAACAUGCUUUCAACUGGGGAGGGAGAAACAUCCAGCAAGUUGAAAACUAGCUCAGUGGUCAUCAGGGCUUCAAUCCUAAAUAACUUAACCAGGGAGUAAGCCCUGGUGAAGAUUGUAAAAAGAUGUCUAAUUAAAAGCCACCCUGAGGAAUUUGGCUAUAGGCAGGGCUUUUUUUCAGCUGGAACUCACCAGAACUCAAUUCCGGCAUCUCUCAGAUGGGUGCCAUUGCCAUUGUAAGAGAACAAAGGAGGCAUUCAUGGUGAGUUCCAGCACCUCUUUUUCCAGAAAAAUAACACUGGUAUUGGGGCGCAUAUUAAAUAUUAAACAUGCAGAGGAUUGCAAUGUUAACUGCGUGGAAAAAUAGUAUAUGAUCUUCUGUUAUUUCACAGGACAUUGAAAUCAGAGCUGUCACUGUAAACUGUUUUGAGGUUUUGUAGAAUCAACUGGUAUAUACAUUUUAUUGGGGGUGGGGGUUGUCCAGGAUAGGAUUGCACAGUUACAUACAGAAAUACUGUUAUGAUAUUCUAUUAUCUCAGGUCAUUAAGUGCAAAGCUGCCGUUGUCUGGGAAGUCCAGAAACCAUUUAGUAUUGUGCAAAUAGAAGUUGCCCCACCUAAGGCACAUGAAGUUCGGAUUAAGGUAAGAGAGACAAAUCAAAAAUGGCAUUUCUGCAGAUUGUUAGUAUCUGCACUAGGGAUGGAGAAAUUUGAUUCAGUUUGCAUUUAAAGAUAAAUCUACCUAAUUUAUGCUUUCAAAAACAAUAUGAGAAUAGGGAAGGGCUGCAGCCCGUGGAGGAGCAGCUGUUUUGCUUGAAAAAGUCUGAGGAUGAAUCACUGGUAUCUCCAGGCAGGUGUGGGAGAGUCCCUAGUCUGACUCUCUGGAGAGCUGCUUUCAGUCAAUGUGGAAAAUGCUGAUGGACCAAUGGUCUGACUCAGUAUAACAACAACAACAACAACAACAACAACAACAACAACAACAACAACUUGUACCCCACCCACCUGACUGGGUUGCCCAGCACCUCUGGGUAACCUCCAACAGAAUAUUAACAAAUGUCAACACUAACACUUUGAAUUGUGCUUGGAAACACAUGGGGAGUCAUUGUAGAUCUUUAUAGCAAACAUGUAUAUAUUAGGAGAAAUUUGCACUGAAAUCCUGAUGAAUUUUCAUGAGUACUUUAAAACAAAAACCUGCAAACUGAUGUGGAAAUGUAGGAGAGUUUUGAACCCCUGCAAGUUGCUGCAGGAGAGGGGUUGUGAGCAAUAUCAUGAGAGGGGUGUUUCCAGGACCAACUUGAAACUCAAAAGCUCCCUGGUUAUAUUUGGUAUUGGAUGAUGGGUAUCAAUUAAAGACUUCCUUUUUCAAAAAACACAAAAAAACCUGUUAAGUGGAGAUCUUUAACCAGUCUGAAUUAGAUGUGAAAUUGUUUUCACACAUGAAAUUAUUUUUAAUUGCUUUUAAAUAUUUCUACAUGUUGAUUUGUUAGUAAUUGUUUCCAUUAUUUAUGUUUUUACUGCAAUAUCAUUUUGAGAUCUCUUAUGGGAGGUAAUUCAUGAACUGAAUUUUUAAAAAUAAUAUAAAAUAAAAAACUUUCUCCUUUAACCCAGAUUUUGGCGUCUGGAAUCUGUCGCUCCGAUGACCAUGUUCUAAGUGGGGCAAUGCAGGUAAAAUUCCCCAUUAUUCUUGGUCACGAGGCAGCUGGUGUUGUUGAGAGCGUUGGGGAAGGAGUUACCUGUGUGAAACCAGGUAAGGUAAAGCAGAGUGCAACCAGAAAAUAUCAACUCACAGCAUUGGUCAACAAGGAUCAAACGAAACUAGGAGAGCCAACCAACUGAUGGAAGAAUAACCAAUAAAGUGUUUUCUUUAGGGAAGGGCAGUCAGCUCUGGGCCAGUGACUAGAUUUUUAAUGUAAAUGCCAGAAUUUGGAAUCAAUUGCUAGACAUUUCUGAAUAGGAGUCAGCAACAUUAUUUCUACUUAACUGGUGAUAUUAUUAUUACUACUACUACAACUCUACUACUACUAUCACUUGCCAGGGUGGGUCACAACUACUUAAACUUGCAAUACUACCAUAAUUUAAAACAAAUUGCAGUCAAGAGAAUAGGGUAGUCCCUAUUCUCAGGUGCCAAAGACCAGGACUGCUAUACUGCCAGCACCCCAAAAUGUUGAUGAAAGAGGAACUACCAAAAAGGCCCCUUCUACUGAUUUGAAUGUCCAAGAGCAGGUACUCCCAAACUCAGCCCUCCAGCCCUCCCCACUUCACAGCUAGCUGCACAAGAAUCUGCAAUGUUCAUGACAUACCCUCCAACAUUGCUCAGAUGAAAAUAGGGACAUUUCUCACUUCCCACCUCCAACUGACCCUCCUCAACCCCCUCCCCAAUUUUGUACUGUCCCCCGCCCUCAAAAAAGCAUUUCCCAACAGAGGAAGGGUAAGUGCCAUCAGCACUGCACCAAUGCAACACUGUACACAUGCCCUCCACCAUCUUGAGAAAACCCCUUAAUCCUGACCGGAUUUGAUUCUUUGGUAGAUUUACAAAAAGAAAAACACACUGCAAUAGAUAAAUUUUAGAAAGGGGCAAGAUUAGAAACAGACACACAGAGCAUUAAAAAAAAGAAAAUCAAGAUUCCUUGCACUCCACUUUGGUUGGCUGUCUUGGCUCAGUUCAGCUGUCCCAUUACACUGGCCAUUGACCAUGCUUGCUAGGGUUGAUGGGAGUCAUAGUCCAGCAACAUCUGAAGGACUGAAGGUUCCCCAAGCCUGUGGUAUGUACUAGCUUGUCCGAAUAUUUUAAGCAGGCUAAUGAUGGUAUUUUCAUCAUUCCCAGGAGACAAAGUCAUCCCACUCUUUGCCCCACAAUGUGGAGAAUGCAGCGCAUGCAAACAUCCCAGAGGCAAUCUGUGCAAACUCUGCGAGUGAGUUGAAGUUGUUAUUUGAACAGCAUUGGAAACACCAGCAGUGCAAAUGUUAGAUUAAAGAAAACACAACCCAAAGCACGAUUUUCCUUUCUUCAUCUUUUAGCCUUGCCGCCUCUGGAGUAAUGCCCGAUGGCACCAGCAGGUUCACUUACAUAGGCCAGGAGAUCCACACCUUUGCCAGAACUAGCACCUUCGCAGAAUACACUGUGGUGCAUGAGUCUGCGGUGGUCAAAAUUGAUGCUGCAGCUCCUGCAGAAAAAGUGUGUCUGAUUGGCUGUGGGUUUUCUACUGGCUAUGGUGCUGCCAUCAACAGUGCAAAGGUAAGGGUUAAACAUUGGUAAUGCUUAUAUUAGGGUGGGGAAUUUGUGGCAGGUCUAGACAGAAAGAGGAGGACAGGUGGACUCUGGGCCUCUGGCACAGAACCAGGUGAAAGCACAGUCAACAGAGUAAAUGAAUCAAAACAACAUAAAAUAGCAAAGCCACCAAAUACCCACCAAUCCACUGGAUGUACACUCAUGACCUGAAUUCACGUUCUUGCUACAGACGUAGUUCUCCAGCAUCCCACCUCUCUCUUGGAUGUUUUGAAUAUCAAAGAGCAAUCCCAUCCACAACCAAUUGCCCAGGGGGAGCACCCUUGCCAUCAUAUACUGAAGGAGAGACCCAAGUACUGCAGGGGGUUGGAUUAGAUGGUCUCUUCCAACUCUACAAUUCUAUGAUUCUAUGAUUUCAGGUGGAGCCUGGUUCAACCUGUGCCGUUUUUGGUCUGGGAGGAGUUGGCCUCUCAACUGUCAUGGGCUGCAAAGCAGCUGGAGCUUCCCGAAUCAUCGGGGUCGACAUCAACAAGGAUAAAUUUCCCAAAGCUAAAGAGAUGGGCGCUACAGAGUGUGUCAACCCUCUGGAUUUCAAGAAGCCCAUCAAUGAAGUGUUGUAUGGCUUGACAGACGGUGAAGGUGUUGACUAUUCAUUUGAAGUGAUUGGGCGCACAGACACCAUGGUACAUGCAUGAAGACAGAAUUUUACUGUCCUAUUUUGAAAAGGGAAGAUGGAAUUUCCUGCAUUCCUGUUCUUCAGUGGUUCCUAUUUUUCACUGGGUUGUGAUCCGAUAAUCUGUUGUAGCAAGGGCCUUGGGUUCUGAGACAGUAGGACGUGUCAGAGUUUUAAACAUCCUCCACCCAUUGAUUAGGUAACUUAUGGAAUAAUGUGAGAUGGGACUCAGGCAUGAGGGGCUCAUGAAGGGUGAGAAUGAUCCUUUUGGGUGAUUCUUCUCUCCCACAUAAGCCCACUCCCCAGCAUCCAUUCCCACAUUCUUCAGAAGGCCCUCACCAUUCAAAAAGGCUUUUCAGGGUGUGCAUGUAGCUGGGCAGGGACGCGGGUGGCGCUGUGGGUUAAACCACAGAGCCUAGGAAUUGCCAGUCAGAAGGUCGGCGGUUCAAAUCCCCACAACGGGGUGAGCUCCCGUUGCUCGGUCCCUUCUCCUGCCAACCUAGCAGUUCGAAAGCACGUCCAAGUGCAAGUAGAUAAAUAGGUACGGCUAUGGCGGGAAGGUAAACGGCGUUUGCAUGCGCUGCUCUGGUUCGCCAGAAGCAGCUUAGUCAUGCUGGCCACAUGACCCGGAGGCUGUACGCCGGCUCCCUCGGCCAAUAAAGCGAGAUGAGCGCCGCAACCCCAGAGUCAGUCACGACUGGACAUAAUGGUCAGGGAUCCCUUUACCUUUACGUAGCUGGACAUGGGAGGAAGAAAAGAUAGGGAUGCUUUCUUCCAUUGCUACUAAUAUGCUUUGAACAGUAAAAACUUUGAGAGGUCUGACUGUGUCAUGGAAGGUGAUCAUGGAUGGUAUUUCUCCUUGGCUUGAUUCAAAAGUCAUGCCUUUGGAUUUUCCCCAGACUGCUGCCUUGGCUUCCUGCCACAUGAAUUAUGGGACCAGCGUGGUUGUCGGAGUGCCCCCUUCAGCUUCUGAAAUUACCUUCUCUCCAGCACUUAUCUUCACGGGGCGCACUUGGAAAGGAUCUUUAUUUGGAGGUAUGGGCCUACUAGCUUUCCAUCAACAGGGCACAUUUCAAAUUCUGAGAGAGUGUUGAGGGCGCCAGUCACAAAAUAGCUUGGGGUGGCAGCAGGUUGUGCCAUGAAAUGUCUGUCAUGGGGAGCAUGGCAUAACACAAAAUUAGAGAAACACCUUGAUUUGUUCAUUAUUUCCCCACCCCCAGCAAAUACUAUUUAGAUUUUUUUAAAAAUCAUGCACUUACCAUGUGAAAAUACAUUUAAGAUCUCAUGCAGUUUGGCCCUCUGUAGGCUUUCCACGCAAGCUCUUGGCCCGUAAUUACUAUGUUCGUAUCUUCUCUAUCUCCCUCCCACCCACAGAUCUGUCAUAACAUCAAGGCCAAUCUCAUUGCAUAACCCAAGUUCAAAGACGGUUUCAGGCUAUAAAUUUGUGGGACUUCCAGACCUUUAACCAACCUUUUGCUCCUUUUUUAUGGCAUUGUAAUUAGAGUACCAUAUCUUCACUGUGCACUUACUGUUUUCAGGUUGGAAGAGCAAACAAGCUGUCCCCAAGCUGGUUUCAGAUUUCAUGGGGGGGAAGUUUGCUCUGGAUCCACUAAUUACCCACACUUUGCCUUUUGAUAAAAUCAAUGAGGGCUUUGAACUGCUGCGUUCAGGAAAAAGGUAAGACCUUUCCCCACCCCCACCCCUCAAAGUGUAGUGGAAAAGGCAGGGUGCCGUUCUGAGAGUCAUAGCCAUAGUCAUGAUAAGAUUACACAAUCUUCCUCUGGAGUGACUCAAGCUAGGAGGUUGUUUGCGUUGCAGACUAAAAAUGGAUAUAUGGGACUUCCAACACAAUGUUGCAUUGCAGAGUUUUUCUGUACAAUGUGGGGAGGGGGGGAAUUGGAUCCAGAUCCCCUGACUGCAGUGGCUUGCUGACCUGUCAAUCACAUGACAUCACUAUAUUGGGUGACCAGGUUUUCCUUUGUAGCGUGAGCUGGUCUUGCGUACACAUCCCCCAACCCCUCUCCAGUUUAACUCAAGACUCAUUCACUCCAACACCCCCUCCCCAAUAAGACCUAGAUUUAAAAUGAAGUCUACGCUUUAUUCAUCUACAAAAAAAAAAUGUGGCCAAAAACAGAGAGAUUAGCUUGAUCAUGGUUAGAUUCUAGUACUGAAAGUAGCAUGAGCUAUUUAUGUACAAAGAAACAGAAGACAAAAUGGGGAAACGGACACCUCAAAGAAUGAAAAUGAACAACUAAAUGGGGCAAUGAAACCCAUGUAGAAACAAUGCAAUGUACAUCCAUGCAAAUAUGGAUGUUCACAAGCUAGACUUGCACCACAACUGUGGUCGAUCCACAUCUCAUUAGGCUGAGCAACAAUUGAUUUAUAAACUGAAAUUGAUACUGUUUUGGAUGGGGCAAUGAAAUUACAUCCACAAACUGUUUACCUUGAUGCUUUUGUUAGGGACAAAUAUGCAUUUGUAUUCAGCUUCCUGUGAUGGCAUAAAUGAAUAGAAUCAACUUGUUGGGCUUCUUCUUGUGCAAUUCUUUUUCUUGGAAUCACUUUUAUAAGCUUAUCACCUGGCUUCUUAUUUCCUCUUUUUCACACCCUUUUCUUCUCUUUUUCUUUUAUGACUUUAUUCCUUUAUAAAUGAAAUUCUUCUAAUAAAAUGUUAGCUAUAAAAAAGGUUUCCUAUUUCUGUACAAGUUCAGACUUCCCUCUCCACCCCCCACUCUGAAAAUUACUCACUGUGUAUGCUAUAUACUUUUCCUAUUUCUGCUCCUCUGACUGUAAGUUGUGUUAAUUGUGUUAAUAUUGAAUUUGAAAACGUUGUAACCCACCUGGAACGCGAUGGCAGAAGGUGGGUAAUAAACAGAAUGAAUGGAUGAUGCUUAAAAGAUCAUUUUCCCUUAAUAUCAACCAGAUCAAGCCUUUCCUUAGAAAGUUGUGGCAAAAUCUUAAACCUACUGAAAUAUUAGCCUAUUAACAUUAAAAAUCUAAUAGGUAUUAUCACCCUUCCAUUUAAAACUGUUUCUUAUUGUUUCAGUAUUCGCAGUGUCCUGGUAUUUUAA